AGCUGCAGUUCCAAACUGCAGCAUUCAGUGAGAAGCAGCGAGAGAUAAAUCAAGUAGAUUUGAAACAAUAGUUUUUCCGAAACAGAUCUAUUCGAAAGUUGCAAGUUGAAUAUCGAGCAAGUUUUUGAAAAUCCUAACAAGAUGAUAAAAUAUAUAAUAAUUUUCGCAUUAUUAUUCGUAUUUGCGAAAAGCUUUCAUGGUCAAGAUAUUCAAGCAAUAUCUACAGAUUUUGAGGGACAUGAUAAAAAUUAUAAUUUAAACCUCAUCAAAAAUGAGAAAAAAAGAUGUGGAAACUUCGAAAGUUUAAAUUUAGAUAAUAUGAAUUUACACGUUAUAAAGAAUAACAUUAUUCAAAGUGAUCAUAUUCAACAUAUAUCACUGCAUAAUAAUAAUUUAGAUGACAUUUAUACCAUCUUGGAUAACGUUCCGAAUUUAUUUUGCUUAAACCUAAGUCGAAACGAGAUUAAUAUCUAUAAUGGACAUGAACUUCGACAUUUAAAUCUUAAAAUGUUAGAUUUAAGUUAUCAGAAAAUAUCAGAAGCAAAAGAUUUGGAGGAACAAGAUGAAGAAACGAAUGACAUCUACAAAUAUAUAAUUUUCAACAGCACAGGCAUGAAAUUACCCAAUUUACAAUAUCUAGAUUUAAGCGGAAAUGAUAUCUCCACUUUAUUGUGGGAUUUUAAUGUGUCAUUUCCACAAUUGAUACAAUUAGAUUUAAUUAAUGUCAAGGCAGAUGAAGUAGAGCCCGCAUUUUUUAGCAAAAUACCAAAAUCUUUGCGCGUUCUCCAUUUGGAGAACAACUAUCUGCAUAAUUUGACGUUACAAAAUAUGGCGGAGGUGACGGCUUUAUAUUUAGAUGAAAAUCCAAUUUUAAGAAUAAUCGAUAUCGCUUCAAAAAAAUUGAAAAUCUUAUCGUUAUCAAAUUGUCCGAGCUUAGGACAUGGAAAUUUUGAUAUACCUUUUUUAGAACAAUUAGAUCUUUCUAUGAACGACUUUGAAACAGUGUCGUAUAUUAAUUUUCAAGUAUUUCGCUCGUUGAGAAUACUACUAUUGGAUUAUAAUAAACUACAGAAAAUUCCUUUAAUAAGUGACUUACAACAAUUAAAUGAAUUAUCAUUGAAUUUUAACAUGAUUAAAGAUAUACCAUCCAAUAUUUUUUCAUAUUUCCCAUCAUUAAAAAAAUUAUCAUUAAGAGGAAAUAAAAUAGAGCAUAUUGAAAAAGAUAGCUUUUUAGGUUUGAACAAUUUAGAAUAUUUAAACUUAUCUGAAAAUGAAUUAAGAAGGUUGCCUUACAAUUGGGCAACAUCAUUAAUAAAUCUGAAAUAUUUAAAUAUGAAUUCAAAUCAAUUCCCAAACAUUUUAGAUUUGGCUGUUAACUCGGCUGUUGUAUCAUUAAAACAUUUAUCUGUAAAAGAUAAUAUAUUCACAAAAAAGAUAACUACAGCAGAAUUGGCAUAUUUGCCAAAUGCAACUACCGUAUACGUAGUUUAAGACUGCUAAGCAUAUUUUCAAUAUCCAUAUAAUAUUCCAUAUAUAUAUAAAUAUUUCUAAUU